AUGGGGCAGGGGUCUGACCCUUGUUUCUCAGAGUGUGGCCUGCCGGCCUGGGCCAGGCAAAGUGCAGACUCUCAGAGCCCUAGAACUCCUGAUGGGGAAUGUGUGAUUCAGUACCAUCCCAUGGGCUUCACGGGCCCAAAAGAGUCUAAGGAGCCUGGGGACCCAGUGCAAGAGCCAGCUGCACCCCUGGCCAGGCUCUCGUGUGCACUGAGGGCUGUCCUGCUUGCUUUCUCUGCAGGCGUCAAGCUGGGAAUGCAGUCCAUCCCGAUUGCCACAGCUUGCAGCAUUUACCAUAAAUUCUUCUGCGAGGCCAACCUGGAGGCAUACGACCCUUACCUGGUGGCCAUGGCAUCCAUGUACCUGGCCGGCAAGGUAGAAGAGCAGCACCUGCGCACCAGGGACAUCAUCAACGUGUCCAACAGGUACUUCCAUCCGAGCAGCGAGCCCCUGGAGCUGGACGCCCGCUUCUGGGAGCUGCGCGACAGCGUGGUGCAGUGUGAGCUGCUGGUGCUGCGGGUGCUGCGCUUCCAUGUCUCCUUCCAGCACCCGCACAAGGUACGUGCGGGUCUCGGGCACCAUGCCCUCUCUGCCCUGUGUCUGGCAAGUCGCUACAGCUGGCCGCGGCCCCCCGUCUCCGUCCCCGCCUGGGCCUUGCUACGGGACAGCUACCAUGGCGGGCUGUGCCUCCGCUUCCGGGCUCAGCACAUAGCCGUGGCCGUGCUCUACCUCGCCCUGCAAGUCUACGGAGUUGAGGUGCCCGCCGAGGCCGAGGCUGAGAAGCCGUGGUGGCAGGUGUUUAGUGACGACCUUACCAAGCCAGUCAUUGAUAAUAUUGUGUCUGAUCUCAUUCAGAUUUAUACCAUGGACACAGAGAUCCCCUAAGGCCCUGGCCUAGGCCUGCCCAAAGAGAAGCCCAGGAUGGUCAGCUGCCUGGGGAUGGUGCCACCACAUCGCCGUGACAGCCAAUCCCCAGAGGACCAGCUGGGAGGACUCAUUGU